UAUUCGUUGUCUAUAGUAGGUUGUGUAUAGCAUUAUAAGUGUGACUCAGGACAUAUAAAUAAGGCGGCAAUGCUUGAAGGUUUAUUCACUUAGUAUGUUUUAGUAGAUGUAACACUUACUUCAGAAAAGAAAUAAGUUCUCUGCACACCUUUACGCAAAAUGUUGUCCUGCGAUACACCAGAAAGUCUUUUUGACGAUUUCCCAGGUUUUGACCAAGAGGACCUAAUCACGAAUGUUUUCUGCCACGAUCAAUCCGUGCCAGAUCUGGAGAACAUUGUCCCAACACUCGAUGUAAACCAGGUUCCAAACUUCUAUCAGGAUUGGGAUACCAAAGAAAAAGUUAAGCAGCAGCAACCUCAGACUCACUUUCUACCUCCUUCGUAUGAAGAGCAUAUUCAAACGACGGAGAACCACCACAGUUUAGAGAGUCUUCUAACAGAACCCGUAAAACCCGCUCCUGUAUACAGACGUCUCAGUGAAAUUCUGGAGUGUAUAAACGAGGAUAAGGACUACUGUAUCAUAACAACAGAAGAUCGUGCAUCUCCAAUAACAUCCCCUACACCCCCACCUCCAAGGGUGACAAACGUGAAACAAGAGAAAUCGCAAGAAUCAAAACAGUUUGAGGAAACCCUGAAAAGGAUUGCAUCCUUAUUAUCAUGCGGUGGACAAAUCAAACUUUGGCAAUUUCUUCUGGAACUUCUGUCAGAGGAAGAAAACAAGGACUGCAUUCGGUGGGAGGGGACAAACGGAGAGUUCCGAAUGGUUGACCCUGAUGCAGUGGCACGUAAAUGGGGACAGAGAAAAAACAAGCCCUCCAUGAACUACGAUAAUAUGAGCCGUGCUCUGAGGUUUUACUACGACAAGUUCAUUCUGAACAAAGUGUCCGGAAAAAGACAUACGUACAAGUUCAACUUCAACGCUAUAAUUAACUCUAUGCAAUCCUCCACAUCUUCCAGUCAGUUCAAUUCGUCUCUAAUGGGACUUAUCAAUAACCUCACACCCAAUGUGACUUGUCCCUAUCAAUACCCAGGAUCCUUUCCAUCACGUCAUCCCUACAGAGUGACCCAAACCCGCCAGUACACCACGUCACCGCCAAACUACACAGUGCCAUGUACAAAAGAGGAAUACCCAUCCAGUUGUCGCUUUGCUUCAAACAAACAUUACCCUUCUAGUCAGAUUAACGAGAACAUGUACUCCAGCUGCCAGUUCGAUCAGAGACUCUAUUGUGAUAACACUUUCUCCCAGAAACAACCAAAACAACAGGUGCCCUUCCAGCCUUCCUGUCGUGUCCAGAACUCUGGAUACUCAGGAUCAUUCGAGGACAAUUGUGUGAAAACCAGACGAGAUUACUAUAGGUAUUCACCGUACCAAAGGCCCUCUCACAGCUCAGCGUGUGUGCCUAUGAUGGGCUACUAAAAUAUCAAACAGACUUGCAAUUGUCAAUAGUGCUGCUCUAAAGACGAUUUUGAUUUGCUCAAAUUCCAAUGUGACUUAAGAAAUAAACCUUAAAUCCAUUCCAUAUCUUACUGUGCCUAUGUAUUUGAGAGUACAGUUUAUUGAGUGUCUUUUGUACGCAUUUUGUAGUAAUUUAUACUUUUUGAUUAUUUUGUCUCGGUGCUGGCGCUGGGAAUUCAUGAUCGAAUUUUACCAUGGUGCUGUGCAUUGACUUGAUGUUUUACUUUUAUGUGAAAUCCGUUUACAAUAAUUCCAUUUGCUUUCUGUGCUAAGUUCCCGCCUCGGAUUUGUAUUAUGUAUUUUAUGCUUAGUGAUUUCAUCAUUGCUUUGAAGAAUUUAUUUUUCUAUUAUGUGUUUUUAACUUGUUGCUCAUUACAAUGAUUUGUAAAUGAUGUCAAUGAAAAUUAAUAAAUGCUGAACCAUUAAA